AUGACUGUCAUCAGCACAUAUGCCCCUACACUCGACUCCGAAGAAGAAAUAAAGGACACAUUCUAUGCCUCAUUGGAUGAAGUAAUCCGUAAUAUUUCCACUUUAGAUAAGAUCGCCCUACUUGGCGACUUCAAUGCCCGAGUGGGGAAAAACUCUAGCAUAUGGAGUGGAGUUAUCGGAAAGCAUGGAACAGGAAAUAUGAAUGCAAACGGACUUCGCUUACUAUCUAUCUGUGCAGAACAUCAGCUCUGCUUCACAAACACAAUGUUUCAAUUGCUCGACAAACUGAAAACAACAUGGAUGCAUCCAAGCUCCAAAAAGUGGCAUCUGCUGGACUACGUCAUUGUCCGUCAUCGUGAUAUUCGAGAUGUACAGAUCACUCGUGCCAUGCGUAGCGCGGAAUGUUGUACCGACCACAGACUCCUCCGUAGCAUUUUCCAGACUGUUAUUCGACCCUCUGCAAGAAAGCAACCACCGAAACCACGUCUCAACGUUGCGCUAUUAAAGAAUAUCGAGACCAGAAAAGUCAUGCAAGACAACCUUCAUGAAAGACUCAGUGGACUCUCUGCAAACACAAAUUCAGCAACUGACCUCGACAUCGAGGCACUCUGGAGCUCUCUUUCGGAAGCUCUUCAGAAUGCCUCUAAGGAAGUAUUGGGAUACACGAGGAGGAAGAAUCCUGAUUGGUUUGAUGAAAACGUGGAUGAAAUUCUCCCCUUGCUGAAUGCGGCAUUCCAAGACCGUCUAGCACAUCCGGCAUCCACAGUUCUCGAGAAAUGGAAGAGAACAACUAGUACUCAACGGCGACUCCGUGAGAUUCAAAACGAAUGGUGGAUCAAUAAAGCCCGCGAAAUCCAGCGUUAUGCUGAUGACAACAGGUUUUACGAAUUGUUUAAAACCAUUAAAGGUAUCUAUGGCCCUUUUCGACGUACAUCGAUUGCUGUCCGCUCUGCAGAUGGCAAUACACUGUUGAAGGACAAACAACAAAAUCUUGAACGCUGGGCGGAACACUUUCAAGAGCUUCUGAACAGAGUCAAUCCGUCGGAUCCUACAGCUCUCGAUGAACUACCGACUCUCCCUCUGGUUCCAGAACUGGACGAAUGUCCAACCCUAAAUGAAGUAAAAGAUGCUGUCCAAGCUCUGAAGAACAAAAAAACUGCUGGCGAAGACGCAAUCCCAGGGGAGGUGUACAAAUAUGGAGGUAUACACCUACUCCUAAAACUCACCGACUUCUUAUCCGCCUGCUGGUGUCAGGGUAUCAUUCCGUCCUCGUGGAAGCACGCAACCAUAGUCACCAUCUACAAGAAAUAG